AAGUGAAGUCAUUGCUCCUCUUCUGCUCCAUGUAAGCUGGCAUCCUGGGGAGGGAGGUCCUUGUGAGGCAUAUACAAACACUCUGUCAAGCGUCUGAGCUUGUCCCGCACACUGCACCGCCGGCCCGUGUAGAGCUCACCUUUUCCUCCAACGCAGAAGUUGACGUGACCCGACAUCAAGAUGGCAACAAAGAGUGCUGGCAUGGCUAACAAAGGCCCGUCUUACGGCAUGAGCCGGCAGGUUCAAGAAAAGAUUGACAGCAAGUACGACCCGGAGCUGGAGCAGAUCCUCGUGGAGUGGAUCUGCCGUCAGUGUGGCUCCGGCGUGGGUCGACCAGAACCAGGAAAAAUGGGCUUCCAGGCUUGGUUGAAGGAUGGAUGUAUUCUAGGGGAACUUAUCAACAGCUUGUUUGCUGGUGAGAAACCCGUAAAGAAGACCCAGAGCUCGCCCAUGGCCUUCAAGCAGAUGGAGCAGAUCUCCCAGUUCCUCAACGCGGCAGAGAAGUACGGCGUCACCAAGACUGACAUGUUCCAGACCGUGGACCUCUGGGAAGGAAAGGAUCUGGCUGCGGUGCAGAGGACCCUGUCGGCCUUGGGCAGCUUGGCCGUCACCAAGGACGAAGGCACUUACAACGGAGACCCCAACUGGUUCUUCAAGAAGGCGCAAGAGAACAAGCGAGACUUCAGCGACGACCAGCUGAAGGCGGGCAAAAACGUGAUCGGCUUGCAGAUGGGGUCCAACAAAGGUGCCAGUCAGGAGGGCAUGAGCUAUGGACGGCCCAGACAGAUCCUGUAAAAAAAACAGAAAUCACUGCUCUUUGGCCAUUGCUGUUGCCUAAAAACGUCAAAGCUCUACUAUUCUUUUUGAAAGCUGUUAACAGUCGGGUCAACAACAAGCCGAAAAACUGAAAACUGAAUGUCUUAAUGACGAACAUGACUGACACAGCAGACUCCGUCAUCUCCAGGAAGGUCGACAAAGAAAACACAACACAUUUUUGAAACAUAAAAAUCUUUACUGACAUAAAAUCCUCUCCAUAAUUGACAUUUGUGCAACACAAUCCAAAAAAAUUUUGAAUUUAUAUUUUACUAAAAUGUUUACCUGCUUAUUUAGUCCAGAUUGACACACGCCUCUUCAUGCUGCAGUAGUGUUUUGUAGUUCACCACUUCUGUCAGUGCCAAUGUUUUUGUACAUUUUCUUAAUAAUAAAUGACUUUGACAUAA